CCCCGCAGUCCCGCCAUGUUCAACGUGGAGAGCCUGGAGCGCGCCGAGCUCGGCGAGAGCCUGCUCACCUGGAUCCAGACAUUUAAUGUUGAGGCACCAUGCCAGACCGUGGAAGAUUUAACGAGUGGGGUUGUGAUGGCCCAGGUUCUUCAAAAAAUAGAUCCAGCUUAUUUUGAUGAAAAUUGGCUGAACAGAAUCAAAACAGAAGUGGGAGAUAAUUGGAGGCUAAAGGUAAGCAACCUGAAGAAAAUUUUAAAAGGAAUACUGGAUUACAACCAUGAGAUUCUAGGGCAGCAGAUAAAUGACUUCACCCUUCCUGAUGUUAACCUGAUUGGAGAACAUGCUGAUGCUGCGGAGCUUGGGAGAAUGCUUCAACUUAUUUUGGGAUGUGCAGUGAAUUGUGAACAGAAGCAAGAGUACAUCCAGACCAUAAUGAUGAUGGAAGAAUCAGUUCAACAUGUUGUCAUGACAGCCAUUCAGGAGUUGAUGAGUAAAGAGUCUCCAGUCUCUGUUGGAAAUGAUGCUUACGUUGACCUUGAUCGGCAGCUGAAGAAAACUACAGAAGAAUUAAAUGAAGCACUUGCAACAAAAGAAGAAAUUGCCCAGAGAUGUCAUGAGUUAGAUAUGCAGGUUGCAGCCCUCCAAGAGGAGAAGAGCAGCCUGCUUGCCGAGAACCAGAUUUUGAUGGAACGUUUAAAUCAGUCUGAUUCCAUUGAAGAUCCUAACAGUCCUGCAGGUCGUAGACACCUGCAGCUGCAGACACAACUAGAACAGCUCCAAGAGGAAACAUUUAGAUUAGAAGCUGCAAAAGAUGACUAUCGAAUACGCUGUGAGGAACUAGAAAAGGAAAUUGCGGAAUUGAGACAACAAACAGAAGAGCUUACUACACUGGCAGACGAGGCUCAGUCUUUGAAGGAUGAGAUAGAUGUACUCAGGCAUUCUUCUGAUAAAGUAGCCAAGUUAGAAAGCCAAGUAGAGUCAUACAAAAAGAAAUUGGAGGACCUGGGUGAUUUGCGGCGGCAAGUGAAGCUUUUAGAAGAGAAGAAUACAAUGUACAUGCAAAAUACGGUGAGCCUGGAGGAAGAAUUAAGGAAGGCCAACGCAGCACGCAGUCAGUUGGAAACAUACAAGAGACAGGCAGUUGAACUACAAAACAGGUUAUCUGAAGAAUCCAAGAAAGCUGAUAAAUUAGAUUAUGAAUGCAAACGACUGAAAGAAAAAGUAGACAGCCUCCAAAAAGAAAAAGAUAGAUUAAGAACAGAAAGGGAUUCUUUGAAAGAAACUAUUGAAGAACUUAGAUGUGUACAAGCUCAGGAGGGUCAACUCACCACUACAGGAUUGAUGCCUCUGGGAAGACAAGAGCCUUCAGACAGUUUAGCAGCAGAAAUCAUUACUCCUGAAAUAAAGGAGAAACUCAUCCGCCUUCAACAUGAGAACAAGAUGUUAAAAUUGAACCAAGAAGGUUCUGACAAUGAGAAGAUUGCCUUGUUGCAGAGCCUUCUUGAUGAUGCAAACUUACGGAAGAAUGAACUGGAGACAGAAAACAGAUUGGUAAAUCAGAGGCUUCUGGAAGUACAGUCCCAGGUUGAAGAACUACAAAAAUCUUUGCAGGAUCAAGGUUCAAAAGCUGAAGAUUCAGUUCUUCUGAAAAAGAAACUUGAAGAACAUCUAGAGAAGCUCCACGAAGCUAACAACGAGCUACAGAAGAAACGAGCUAUCAUUGAAGAUUUGGAACCAAGAUGCAACAACAGUUCACUUAAAAUUGAGGAAUUGCAAGAAGCUCUACGGAAAAAGGAGGAGGAAAUGAAACAAAUGGAAGAACGAUACAAAAAAUAUUUGGAAAAGGCCAAGAGUGUCAUCCGCACAUUAGAUCCUAAACAGAACCAGGGUGCUGCUCCAGAGAUUCAGGCACUGAAAAAUCAGUUGCAGGAGCGGGACAGAAUGCUUCAUUCGCUGGAGAAAGAGUAUGAGAAAACAAAAAGUCAAAGAGAAAUGGAGGAGAAAUAUAUUGUUAGUGCCUGGUACAACAUGGGGAUGACUCUGCAUAAAAAAGCAGCAGAAGACAGACUGGCUAGUACAGGCUCAGGACAGUCCUUCCUGGCUAGACAAAGGCAAGCCACGAGCACAAGGAGAUCUUACCCUGGUCAUGUCCAGCCAGCAACAGCAAGGUAGAGAAGCCUUGCCCUUAGAAAAACUGCCCUGUGAUCCAGGCCACUUCUAUUGCAAGUGACAACAUUCAAGGAAAAUAAACCAGCAUCCUUUCUCUUUCUCCCUUGUUACUGCUAUUAUUUACCAUUCAGGAAAGGGUUAUAUUAUGCUUUCUCAUUGCUCUGUUAUGCCCCUUGCUUAUAUUUUUUGGAGUUUAUUUCUCUCUGCAUUUUCUGAAUGUGCCAAAAUUUUGAAAACAUCUAGAGGAGUGCUGUAUAAUAACAGUCUUAUUUGUAUGAAGCCUGGUCUCUUACAAAAAACUCAUGUGGACCAUAUGACAAUGUAGAUUUCUUAUCACAGUUGGUACUUUUGUGCCUGUAAGGGUUGUUAUGCUUUAUGAGACUGUUUUUGUUCAAAGGGAAUUGCUUUUUAUUUCAUCUCCUACUCUGUUGCUUCAGAAAAAUGCUGAAAUCUCAUUACAGAAAUGCAAAGUUGGAUUAUAAUAUUGUGAAAUAUAUUUCAUGCUAAAAAUUUACCAAUGCAAAAAAGAAAGAUUGGGGAUUUUUUUCAUCUCCUAAGUGCAAAGUUUGCUCUUAUUUUUGGCGUUUAGGGAAGCAGGAUGAUCUUUUUCCAGGUUUUUCUUUAUCAGCUGGUAUUACCUCUUUUGCUGGUAGAAAUUAAUAUUUUCAAAUGGUUUAUUCCACUCUUUGUCGAGCAAAUGCUUAAAUACGUAUCCUAAAAAGGUGGAGAAAUAUUUAGGAUGUGCUAAUCUGCUACUCCAUCAUCAUUUAAAAAGGACAUUUGUUUUAAAAUUUUAUGAUUAUGGAUGAACAAUAUGUAAUGGAUCAAGGCCCCAGUUAAUAUUGUUAAAGUACUCCAGUUGUCAUCCCCUACUAAAAGACUUGCUUUUAAUAUAUUGAUUCAGGGUAUAAUUGUAUCAGUUGCCUUACUAAUGGUACCAGUGCCUUCAGGUGAGUUUAUUGCUGACUUUGUUGGAAACUGGCUGUGAUUUGUUGUACUGCCUUUUUAGUGCAUAGCUGAUUAAUUGUUGUAACACCUUCAUGUUGAUCAAUGGAUGGAGGCUCCUCUAAUUAGGUUCUGUUCCUACAAAGUUGUGCUUUUUUUCCUGACCAAUUCUAUGCAUUCCCUAUCAUUUUUGUCAAAGAAUUGAUGGACACAGAGAACAUGAGCAUUGGCCUGAAGUUUCCUAUUUAUACAUCUUGUUGUAAUUCAGUUUUAAAUUUAGAGACUGGUUUUUAAUUUAGGUUUUUAUUUAGAGACUGUUUGGACUCUAAUGCACGGGCAGUCCAUUUUUAAAUUUAUUUUUUCACCUGAUUUUAACGCCCUUCUAAGUGGAGAUGUUUCUUUUUGCAUAAAUCCCUUUAGAGAAAAGAUACUAGCAUUUAUCAAUCAUCUGAUUGUCUGUUUUAAUUCAAACUUGGGUAGAAUGAGCAAUGGAUAAUUAAAACAAGCACUCCUAGAUUAAAAGGUAAUAAAAAGAAUGACAUUUUUAGGUACUAUUGGUUUAUCCUCAAGUGCAUCAUCUGUUUUAAUCUGGGCUAAGAAAUGCAUUCAGUAUGUGUCUGAAAAAUAUUUUCAGUUCCAGUUACACCCACACACACACCCCCCUAUGCACUCCACCCAGAAAACAGAUGCUGAAUUCUACAUAUAGUUUUAAAUGUUAUUCCUCACAUUUAGGAAAAAAUGGUUUUCUAAAACUUUUCUGUACUUACGCAGUAUAUAACUGGUAUGGGCUUGCAAAAAUGAGAUGAGACUUGGCAGGUUUCUUGUGUGCAGAAAGAUAACAAUGCAAAGGAAGUUGCAGAUAAUUUCUGUAGUUCAGUGAGGUGAUAUGCUCAAUCUGCUGUCUCUUACUGAGAUACAAAAUGCUCUUUAUACAAAAUGCUUUCUGUACUCAUCUAGAUGAUUACAGUUGAUGUGCGAUAGCUUUUACUGAUUUUGUUGUGCAGUCAAUUUUAAUAACUUGAAGAACUCUUUACUACAAGCUGUAUGUGAACAGGAGCAAGACCAGUCCUCAAGGGGAAUUUGAUGUUCCUGCUUGAGGUUACAGCAUUUUAUAUCCUCCAGAACAAGAACCUAAGAAUACCUAAAGCUCCAUUUUAAUUUUUUCAUUUUAAUCUAGCUAAUUUUUCUGUUACAAAACUGCCAAGGGCUGUUUGUGAAAGAAAGGGAUGGAACCUUAAUGGGAAGUUUUUUCUCUCAAUUUUGUCUGGUAAUCUAAUUUUAAAAUUACUUAUUGCUAUUAUUUAGGUGCAGAUCUAAAGGAACUUGAACACAAUCAGCACACUAGAAUAAAAGUAAUUGCUUUUAUAAUUAUUAUGUUAAUAUUUGUUUUACUGUUUUGCCUCCAAAGUUUUGAGGACAGGCUAAUGCCACUGAGGGUUAGGAGAUGAACAGAUGCUGGUUAGAAGCCUUGUCUUAGGCUUUUACUUUCCAGUCUCUCAUAGCUUCUUUUGCUUCUUGGUAGUUGUUGGCUUUUCUCCUCUUUGUGAGUCUGUCUUUCCUUUUCCCUUGAAGAUAAGACACUGAAGUGUUUUCUGUAGUUCUCUUCAAAAAUAGAUAGCAUCAUUAUAUAGCAUCAGAGAUCAACACAAAACUCAUAUUGCUUCUGAGCUUUAUUAUUGCCCAUAGUAAUUGUUAGGCAAGUGAACAAUCAUUUUGUCUUUGAGAAUUUACAAACAUGCAGAAAUUCUGGUAUUUCCCAGAAUUUGUGCUGACUAUAAAAGCCUAAAAAGGUACUGCAGUCUUUAAGAAAUAUACUCCGUUACUGUCUGGUUCUAGCAAGUCAUUUGUUAUGUCUUCUAUUAGUAGUUAAGAGGAGUUCAAUCCAUUUUUCUUCAGUGCUUUACUUCUUUAAUUUGCUGCAUACAUCCAUUCUUAGUCUCUGUGUGUGGAUGAAUGCAGGUGGUGAACAUCAUUAAACCUCUUUCACAAGAACACCUUCUUUAUUCAAAGGGUUCAGCUUCAUUAUUUUGCUUGCUUGAUGGCUUUUUUUAGGAUAAAUAUUUUCGCUGUUUAGAGCUGAAGCUUAGUUCCUCACCUAAAAGGAUGAUGGGUUCAGAUGUGCAGUCCAGUUCAUGUACUUUUGUGGAGAGUUGAGUUUUUAGCAUUUCCAGUCAGACAUUAGAGAAAAAAAAGAUUCAAGUUCCCUCUUUUCUUGAUAGAAACAUAACCACUUGGAUCAUAACAUGUAUUUUCUAAGUGCUGUGAAAACUGAAGUAAUUUAAUUUAAAGGUUGUGUGUUCCAUCCACAGUGCAAAGGUGUCUCCCCGAGAAAAAAGUGCAGCCAGAGGCUACUCUCCUCUCCCGACUUCAGCCACUUUCUUUUGUCUUUGUUAAGUAUCCAUCCCAUAAGUAUUCAUAAGUACCCAGUAGUUAGUUUCUUAGCAACUUACUGGGAAAAAAAAUCCAUAAGUAAAAGAAAAAAAAAGAAAGAAACUCAACUCCCCCUAAAAAGGUAAACACACAUAUGGAACAUACAACUUUGCAUAUACAAAAUGAAGGAAAUAUAUAAUGGCUACAUGAUGCCUUUUAUUUUGUUUGGAAAUAAUCAAAUGGCAACCUUGUCCUGUUCAAGUGUCAUUCGUGUUAGCAGCAAUGCUAACAGCCACAAGUUUUUUGUGGCUCUCUGUUCUGUGAGGAGCACUGGCAUUUUUAUGUGUAUGAAAGAAUGAACCGUGAAUAUUCCUAGUACUGCUUUAUUAUGAUCUCAAACAGUAAGUGGUAUGUGUAAGCUUUCAAGAAAAUUUAAAAGUUUUUUGCAAUUUUAAAGUCCUUGGUAUUUCGACUUGUGCAAAUAGCUUUUACUUUUCCUGUGUUCCCUAAUAUAUGAGACUAUACACUUAACAGCUUCCUGAAUGAUUUUGAGUGGGUUUAAUUUUCCCGAUGUGUUGACAUUUUCUGUGAUUUGAUAGUUGUAAGAUAUUUUAAUGUCACGACUUGAUUUUCCUCUUCUUAGUGAUUUGGAGGGAGACUACCCUGAAUGUGGAUAACUUUCCUUUUUCUUAUGAAGCAAAACAGUAUUUCAGUUUUACUUACUGUAUAGAGAUAUUUUUUAUUCUUGUCCAACAUAUUGACUUUUUGCAAGGAUUGAUGAGGGAGGUAUUUUUGCACUCAGUCAGCUAUGCAAUACUGACUUCUUAUGGGGUUUUGCACAUGUGUUUUAGGUAGAAUGUGGACUCUGUGUUUUGCAGUAAGAUUGUACUGAUGAACUUCAGUAUCUCCUAACCAAAUUUAGCAGGCAUUUCUCUCAGCUAGCAUUGCAUAAAUAAAUAGCUAAAAGGAUCUAUCGGGUUAUACUUCCAGGUGGUGAGGGUUUUUGGAGCUAAUGUCAUAUUGUAGGUAGGAUCCUAGCCAUGCCUCCAGUUUGUCGCUCUUAAGGAAUCAAGAACAUAUCCUGUCAUGUCUGAUUGGAUUUCCUUAGUCCUGUGGUCCUCCUUCCCUCUGGAAGUCCGGAAAAGUAGCGGAAGUUUGUCAAUGAUCUUGCAGGCUGUGACUAACAAUAAGGUGUGAUUUCUUUGGUCUGAAAGUGGAGGAAACAGAUGCAAGCAACUAGUCAGUACAACAAUGAGAAGAGCAUUCUUUCAGCAUCUUGCAUUUGGUUUCAUUUCAAAAUGAAUGAUGAAGAACCUGAGCUUUUUCAGCUAGAAAAAAGAUUUUUAUCUUUUUAAUUCAAUUUUAGUUUUAAUUGAGUAACUCUUAGAGAUUUUACCCAUCUAUAAGGCAGAAGCUGUCAUUAUCAGUCACCACAACCUCAGACUUCCUGCGUCUGGUACAGUGAAACCCUGUAAAGAUUCUCGGCUACCAGCUCCAUUGAACCAUUUGGAGACACUGAGGACUUAGCUGGUUUCAUCCUGUUUUUCUUUGAUUUUUUUUUUUUUUUGGUUUCAUAAAGAUACUGGGAUAUAAAGUUCAUUUUUAAAAUGUGUCAGCUCAUUGAAUUAGGCAGUGAACGAAUGUUGACUGGAGGGCUCUAGGAAACUUGACAAAUCAUACUAUCCUGUGGGGCACUGAGACAGCACCUGACAGUGUAGUCAAGACAGCUUCCCAGACGAAUUGUCCUGGUGUCAGAUGGUAGUCAGUGGAUCAGUAGGAGCUAGUGCUGACUGCUGUAAGUGGAGUCCUCAUCUGCUGGAGGAUGGUAUUGCUGUCAGCUUCACUGUGAUCUAGAUUCCAUCUUCACCUUUGGGCCUUGCCAAGGUUGUGCAGGACUACCCUGAAGGAUAUUUCUGCAUUAGUUGGCUUUGGUGGCAAAUCAGGAGUUUCCUCUGUUGCUGUUUGCUGUGCAUGUAAAGUUGUUUGGAAAAUUGCAUAUCUUUCUGUCUCCUUUGCAUAUGGUGUCAUUUCUGGACUGAAAAUAGAUUCCAUUUGUCAGAUAAAAAUUUCUUGUGGCUGUCUUGCUGCUAUGGGUCUCAGAGACUGAUCCAUACAACAUGAAAAAUACUGCUAGUAGAGGGAGAUACAGGUCAGUUGGGCAGCCUUUCCUUUCUGGUGCUGACUAUUAAUUGCUUUGCAUUAGAGAGGUGCUUCACAAUCCGAUGAGGUGAUUUCAGAAAGAGGAACAGUGGUUGUUUUAAUUGUUAAAAAAGCAGACAUUUGUCAGCACUGAAGAACUGCUAACUACUGUAGCAUGGCACAAAUCUGAAACUACAAAAGCAAGUAUUCCCACUUGGUAUAGAUUACAGUAUAGAGGUAUAGAGUAGUUUAUUCUGGAAAUGGGAAUUGAAUCCCUAAUGAUUAUACAUGACUUGAAGAGAAAAGAGCUAACAUAAAAGUCCAGUGGUUAGCAUGCUCAUUUUGUUAACCUGAUCAUGAAAGUGGAUGGAAUUUUAAGAGAAAAUCCCCAGUAGUGUAGUAUUUAUGGGGUUAUAAAAUAGUUGUAAUGAGACCAUCAGACUUUUGACUUGGAUUUGAAUGUAAAAUCAGCUAUAUAAUUUAAAAUAUUAUAAAGCAGAGGUUAUUGUUCACAGCCACAAAAGGUUAGUAAGCUGGAGAGUAAAAGUAUUUCCUGGAGGCAUCAGUGGUUUUGAGAGCGAUUUUAAAGCUUAUGUUUGGCAUUAUCAGUAAAGUCUCAGAAUAAUUAUAAGCAUUACAUUAAAGGUCACAAUUUUUAAAAUUUAUAAUCUGCCUUGUCUUCUCUGUGUCACUCUCUAAGAUGCUGCAGAUGCAGUGACAGGUUAUGCUCAGUGAAUUUACCCUCACAUCUUGCAUUGCUGUUUUCUUCUAUGUCUUGCUACCUCAACAGGUAGCUUUAGAAUAGAGAAAUUGGCAGACAACUAUUUUUAGAACAUGGUAAGAAUUUCUAGUCAGGAAAGGGCACUUACAGAUGAAUUUUUACAUCCUUGAAAGUCAGUACAGUGUCCUGAGUUUACAAGACCUCUCAAAAGUACUAUUGACUCAAAGAGAAGCCUGAAGUGUCACUUCUGUGUAUGCUCAAAAUGCACUUGGAGGACACUUGAAGUGCUACUAAAUAGUAAGUUUGAGCUAAAUAAUAGCCAGAGGGUUGACUGAAGGAAUACAUUGUAUUCAUUUAUACACAAUAGAAUAGGUACAUGCUUAUGUAGAUUGAAUUUUUAAUUUUUUAUAGAACAACUACAGUGAUCUUCAUAUUAAUCUUGAACUGUGUAACUUUUUGCACCAAGCAGUGCCAAGCAAACUUAGAAGACAAUGAUUGCUCAAAAUACACACCCUCAAGAUCUUUGAAUGUGUUAAUUUUUUUUUUUAUUCCAUUUGAUAUGCGUCUCUGUGUUUCUAUUUGUUUUUCUGUUAUGGUUAGUAUUCUGAGUGGAUGAAUGAGAAGGGAAGAAAGAGGGAUACACAAGCUACAGGACUUGUAGCAUAAAUACCCUUUUUUAUCUCUUUAACCUGGGUUGUCCCAUCGCAAGAAGCUUUCUUAGAAUAAUUUUUGACUACUGCAAUACAGGGGAGAAGGAAGUGGGGAAGCAGGCUCUAAUUUCUGUUUGGUGAAGCCACUUUGCUCUUUUGCAAUAUGAAAACAAAAAUGCCUGUUUAGUGCUGUGCCAGUGCUGUGUAAGGAUAAAUCUGUUACCUGGGGAAGCAGCUGUGUCAGUAAAGCAUCCCAUUCCAGUUACACUGGAAUGUACACAGGAAAAAGGUUGCAUCAGUGAGGAUGGAGUACUGUGCCAACCUCUCUGAUUCUCUUCCAAACUUAGAUUCCCUUCCUCAGUAUUGUGGUAUGCUCUCUUGACUGCUUGGUGACUCUGACUCAGCUUACUUUAGCAAGAACAUGUGUCAUUUUCUGGCAAUUCAAACCUGUAUUUGCAGGCCAGAGAUAGAACUUGCCAGUGCAAUGGGGCAGUGAUGCUGAACCUCAUGCACAGGAUGAGCUCUGAUGAAAUUUAAAUGCCUUCAGUGGUGCUCAGAGCUCAUGACAGUUGAUGUGACUGAUUGUCUUUUAGCAUGUAAACACAUGCAGAAUUGGGUGGGCACCUUUCACUUUAUCUUGCUUUAACAGUUGUACUCACAGACAGCAGGAAUUCCUGAGACUUGCUCAUUGCUGUGUAAACUUACUUCCCAUAGCUUUAUUAGUCCAGAAUGGUGCCCUGAAGAAUUUUACUCAGAAAUGUGUGAAGUUUAAUUACAGCUAAACUUAGAUAUUGACCAAGGCUGUUUUGUUGCUUUUCCAAUUAUUGGCCUAUAACCUUCCUGUUAAUUUGAACAGUUGCUUGGCAAAGGUAUUUUCCCUGUGAAUUUGCACAACUCUUAAAUAGAGGUGGCCUUACUAAACUGCUUUGAAAAAGACCUGUUCUGUUCUCUGUUUUGGUUUCUUUUGGCUUUUGGGUUUUUUUUUUUCAACAGUAAUAUGUUAUCUGCUUUUUAACUCUCUUCUUUAUUCUUUUAUUUGCAGUGAUGUGGUUGCAUGACCUGCAGCAUUAUUAUAACAGGGACUGUUCAGUGCAUGACUUGCUUUUCUGUCCAGACUGCAUAACCAAAACUUAACCAGUUCUACACUUAAGACUCAUGGCCAUCUGAUUUCAAAGGGGGAUCUACUUGCAGAGAAGUUUACCAUCCUGGGGAGCUUUCCCAUUUCCCACUUCCACUUACUCUUUCUCUUCACAAAAAGUCUCCUAUGAGGCUAGAAGAGAGGAAAUCCUGUAUUCACAACUCAACAGGAGGCGUUCUGCAAAGUGACAGAGCAGUGUCAGCUCUCCAUCUUACUUCCGCCUGUCCACUUUAUUUAAUUCUGAUUAACAGUAUUAACACACAGACUUCCUGCAACAUUUUCAUAUACUGAACUAUAAAAAUCUAGUCUUAACGAGUUCCUAAAAAAGGCCUUUUGGUUACUGUUAAAAUUUCAAAGCACCCGCACCCUUAAAGGAUCCACUUUGAAUCUUUAAACAAAUAAAGUAAAGCGAAGGAGGUGUUUUACGAGGAGAAAUGACUAAUGAAUUGCUGCUUGGCGAUCCCAACUUCCUUAGAAAACCAAGCAAGUUUCAUCUGAUAAUCUCCGAGCCAGGCAAACUACCGGGUGGUAUUUUGUUCACAGGCACUGCCUGCUUCCUUAAUAUGUAUAUACACAGUAGCUCGUGGCUGUUGUAUUUUUAUCUCUACAUUUGAGCUGUGUUGUUGGUUUCUUUCGGAAACUUUUUUUUCCAAUCUGUGUACAAUUGUUAAAACAAUCUGAGGAAAGACCAUGAAUGGAGAUAAGUAUGAAAGUCAUCUAUACUUUCAGUAUUAUGCAGACUGUCCUUGCCAGUUUAUAAUUUGGAUCGUUUAUUUUUCACCUGUACUGUUUUUUUCCUUUCUUUUUUUCUUUCUCUUGUCACAGUCUUAGCUAUUUAAUUUCCAAUUGCACUAGCUUGGCUGUUUCUUUGUAUUUUGAAGUUUAGAUAUAAGAUUUGCCAUAUGUAGACAGUGUAACUCAAAAUGCUUUGUACUGCCUAUAUUAAUUUAAAAAGCUGCUUAUUUAAUAUUCCUAAAUAUCUGCACAUUUGUACUACUGUAUCUUUGUUUUGUAUUGGACAUCCAGUACUGGCAAGAUUCAGAAGACAAGGGAGUGCUGUAGUGUUGUAAGUUAAGAGGUUUAUUGUAUAGGAGUUAGUACAUAACAAACAGGGAAAGGGGCUUUCAAGCCAUAGGAUUUGCUGGAAAAACUGAAAAGUCUGAAUGCUGCAUCCCGUAAGAGGUUUGAUUUAAAUCCAGUUAAAGAGAAACCUCAUUCUUGCUCACCUGGAUCUUAAUCCUGGCAGAAAUAUUGAUACGAACUGUGCUGCCUCCAGGAAUAGUUUUACUUACUUGGGCAGUAGGAGAACCUCCAGCCCUGCUUGCGGUGGGAGCACGCGCGCGCUGAAGAAGCGUUGUGUCCACUUGUCUCUGCAGUCUCUUCUGGUCACACACACAGUGCCUGCCUCGUCCCUGGCCCCUCCGGUGGGCUUUGACAGAGCCACACCUUGGGCACAGAGACACGCGCUUGUGUUCAGUCCUCAGGGAUCCUGAUCCCACAGUGUCCGUGGCCUUGUGCAGAAUGACGUGGAGAAAGGACAGAUGUGUGCCCCACCAGAGCAUGGUGGUCUGUGCUGCCUGGCAGUGGGAUGGGCAGGUAGGAAUGGACUCCAAGCAGGCCAGGCAGCAAAGUGAAGGAUAAAACUAGGAUCCCAGUGAGAGCUGUGGUGUUUUCCCUUCUGGAUACUGUAUCAGUGCUGUGGCUACCAGGUGCACUGGCUGACAGCUGUCCGUAAAGGCUUCAGAUGGGGAUAUAUGUCUUUCCUGGUCCACCAGGGCCAGGGACAGUGAAGUCUUACGUGGCCUGCAGCCAGCAUCUGGGGUUUAGUGAUAAUGAGUCAAGUACUGAUGCAGCAGAGGCAGCAGCAUUUCAUCAGACUGAGUGCAGCAGAGAGCUGAAGGAUUUGUGUCUUUCCAGGUCCUAGCCAUUGAUCCCUUGUUAUGUGUCAGGGCAAGCGUUACUAGUAAAACUUCUUUUAGCUGGGUGUUAAAGGCAUGGUAUGUUUUUCAUUUGCUAGUGCUGCUUCGGCUGGGACCACACCCUGCCCCAAGCCAGGCUGGGUGCAGGAUCCCUGAAAUCAGGGCACUGUGCUGGGCAGGAGGGGAUUGCUUUUUUUGUGCACCUGCCUCCACAGCUGUCCCAAAGUGAUGCCGAGCAGUACCUCCUUUCUCCAAGUGGUCUGUGCAGAUUAGAGACUAAGUAUCAGUUGUUCUUGAGCCUUGAUGACAUUUAUAUGUAAGUGUGUUUAGCUUGACAAAAGUUGUUAGAGUUUACUAAUGCAACAGAGAGAUGCCAGGUGGAGCCAGUCAAGGAGCUGGCUACUUUAACUAGAUUAGCCUGGCAUCUCUGUCAUGAAGUGGUUGUGAGCUCUCAACUCAGAGCAGAUCUCCAGCAUGUCUCUGAUAUACUAACUUCAUUUGUGCUGCAUAGAAACUCUCAUACCUUCUUAGUAGCAGCUUGUUUGACAGUCCUGAAUUAAAUGUUGAUCAAUUAUCAAAGUAAUAACUGUUUGUGAAGUUGCCAGUGAUAUAUUUUCUGUAAAAGAAUGAAUUCUUAGAGUGUCAAAACAUUAAUUUCCCAUUUCAGUUCAUCUACAAAUUGUGUAACUACCAGAUUGUUAUGGUAGCAAUAUUAAUAUACAUACCUGUAUAUAGACAAAAAAACCUCACUAAUGAUAAUUGGAAUCAAAAAGUUUAAUAUUUUUUCCCAGUCAAAUACACUAAUGCUUCCAAGGUGAUAGAAGAGUGUACAGUUGUUAAACAAGUUGUAAAUAAACGCUUAUAUAAAACGUAAA